CCCCUCCCUUCACACACCCGCCCCGGAUCGACACAGGCGCACGCGCGCACGUUCCACAGGAGCCUCACGCACCGCUCGAGCUCCUCCGCCGAGAAUUGCGGCGGGGACGCUAAGUCCAGAAUCCCUCCGCGGGGCGGGGCCAGGCGGCGCGAGUGCUCCUGGGAAAUGUAGUCCCGGCCCCUCGACUCCGUGUGGCUGCCGGCCGUGGGCUCCGAGCCCUGCCUACCUCCUCGCGGCCUCGGGGCCUUGCGCGCGCCGCCCGCCAGCGUGCGCUCUCUUCUCCCCUCUCGCGGGGUCCGGUGGUGUCGACGCCGAGAGGCAGGUACCGAGGACAGUUGAUGUUACCGAGCAAGGGCUCACCACUCACUGUGCACAGAAGCUGACACCAUGGCACACUGGUCUUUGAAAGAAGAAAGACUUUAUUGUGCAGUCGAUUGGCAAGGAGACAGCAGUCCAGGCUCUCAAAUCUGUCUCCCCAUCCAAGGGUUGAGAAGCAGUCUGCAGGAGAAGCCAAUAUAAAUAACCAAGAUGGGAGCCAAGAGCGACUAUAUUGCAUGGAGGACACCCAGUGAUUGGAUCAGAGAAACAAGAAAAGAAAUAUCCUGAUCUCUCUACCCUAUUGUGCGGGCAGAUGUCACUUUCAGACUCUCAAGAUGGCAGCCAUUGACCUAUCCCCCAUAUGGUCUCUGCCUGCACAGGAUUCUGCCUGUUUCUACGUGAGAAAUACUGAGGAGGAAAGGAUGGUGACUGGAUUUCCAGCAACCUGGUUACAGGGACCAGUGACCUUUAAAGAUGUGGCUGUGGAGUUCACCCAGGAGGAGUGGAUGAUGCUGGACUCUGCUCAGAGAAGUAUGUACAGAGACGUGAUGCUGGAAAACUAUAUAAAUCUCACCUCAGUGGAAUAUCAACUAUGCAAGCCUACUGUGAACUCCCUGUUGGGUCAAGAAGAGAUAAGAACUAUGAAAGGAAGAAUUCCCCAAGGGACCUAUCCAGACUGGGAGAUUCAACUUAAAGCCAAAGAAUCAACUCCUAAGCAGAAUAUUUUUGGGGGAAAAUUGUCCACUGGAGUGAAAAUGCUAAGAUUCACAAUGGAUGAUUGGUCCUCUACAUUAAGAGAAGACUGGGAAUGCCAUAAGAUCAGAAAACAGCACAAUAUCCCAAAGGGACAGUUGAGGCAAGUGACAUUUACCCAGAAGAAAACAACAUCUCAGGAGAGAUUCUGUGACUAUCAUGAAUUAGAGGAAAACUCUAAACUUCGAUCAAAACUUGUUUUUUCAAAGAGAGUUUCCACCGGUCACCAUUGCCGUAAAUGUUACUUAGAUAUUCAGUGUUUGAAACAUAAUUCAGUAUUAAACAAUUAUGAGAAAAACUCUGUAAGUGAGAAGCUCUGUGAAAGUCAUGACUAUAAUAGAGCUCUGUGGCAUCUUGAAAGAACUCAAACAGCACAAAAAGAGUACACAUGUUCCAAACGUGGUGUACACUUCAAACGUAGCAUGCUUCCUAUGUGUAACGAUUUUCACAUGGUGGAGGAUUCCUAUGAAUGUAAUAAAAACAAAACCUUUUGUUGUCCUUCAUCCCGUAAGCAACAGGAGCAAACUCCUACUAGAGAGAAACAUGAAUGUAAUCAGUGUGGAAAAGCCUUCAGAAGGAUUUCUAAUCUUAUUUUGCACAAGGGAAAUCACAAGGGUGAGAAACAAUAUGAAUGUAAAGAAUGUGGGAAAGUCUUCCAUGAUUCCUCAACCCUAAGGAGGCAUGUAAGAACACACACUGGUGAGAAACCCUAUGAAUGUAAUCAAUGUGGGAAAGCUUUUAAUCAAAAAACAUCUCUUAAGGCUCAUGUAAGAACUCACACUGGAGAGAAACCUUAUGAGUGUAAUCAUUGUGGAAAAUCCUUUGGCACAAGUUCUUACCUUAUAGUGCACAAGAGAAUACACACUGGGGAGAAACUCCAUGAAUGCAGUGACUGUGGAAAAGCCUUCUACACAAGCUCUCACCUUAAAGUUCACAAGAAAAUACACACUGGAGAGAAUCUUUAUAAAUGCAAUGACUAUGGGAAAGGUUUUAGUGCUCGCUCAUCCCUUAGAAUGCAUGUGCAAACUCCUAGUGGAGAGAAACAUUGUGAAGGUAAUCAGUGUGGAAAAGCCUUCAAAAGGAUUUCUAAUCUUAUUUUGCACAAGAGAAGUCACAUGUGUGAGAAACAAUAUGAAUGUAAAGAAUGUGGGAAAGUCGUCCAUGAUUCUUCAAGCCUAAGGAGACAUGUAAGAACUCACACUGGUGAGAAACCCUAUGAAUGUAAUCAAUGUGGAAAAGCUUUUAGUCAAAAAACAUCUCUUAAGUCUCAUGUAAGAACUCACACUGGAGAGAAACCUUAUGAGUGUAAUCAUUGUGGGAAAUCCUUUGGCACAAGUUCUUACCUUAUAGUGCACAAGAGAAUACACACUGGGAAGAAACUCCAUGAAUGCAGUGACUGUGGAAAAGCCUUCAACACAAGUUCUCAACUUAAAGCUCACAAGAAAAUACACAUGAGAGAAUCUUUAUGAGUGCAAUGACUGUGGGAAAGUCUUUAGUGCUCGCUCAUCCCUUAGAAUGCAUGUGUGAACUCACUGGAGAGAAACCCUAUGAAUGUAAGGAAGAAACCCUGUAAGUGUUGUGAAUGUGGAAUUGCCUUUUUCAUUGUCUUAAGGUGGACUCCAAGGUCAUCAUACCAGUCUUUGUUCUUUAACAUAAGCAUUUAAGGCUAUAAAUAGUCCUCUAAAGACCCUUUUAGUUAUGUAACACACUGGUCUGUGUUAAUUUAUUUUGUUUAAUUCUAAAUGUUAUCUAAUUAUGACUUUUUUGAUCCAUAGCUAUUUAGAAUUUUUUGGUUUUUUUGUGAGGAAGAUUGGCCCUGAGCUAACAUCACCAAUCCUCUUUUUGCUGAAGAAGAUUGGCCCUGACCUAACAUCUGCGCCAGUCUUCCUUUAUUUUGUAUGUGGGAUGCUGCCACAGCAUGGCUUGAUGAGUGGUGCCUCAGUCUGCUCCCAGGAUUCGAACCUAUGAACACCGGGCCACCAAAGCGGAGCAUAUGAACUUAACCACUACACCACUGGGCUGGCCCCCUAGAAUUGUGUAUUUUUAAUAUGUGAGGUAAGAUUUUCAGUUACCUUCUUAUUGUUGAUUUCUAAGUUAACAGCAUUACAUUCAGAGUAUCUGGACUAUACAACAGUACUUUAUUGGUAUUUUCUUGAGAGUUGCUUUCAGGCCUGGUGUGGCAGAUAUUGCUAGUCGCCAAUUGAACAUCCAGCUCAUCCUUCCCUACUCAUGACUGUUUUAGCUCACAGUACCAAUACGUCUGGUUACAGAACUCUCCUCAGCCUCCUUGUAGCCAGGUGUAGCCAUAUACCUCAUUCUUGACUAAUCAAAAAUACUAUCACUGGGAACUGACCCAGCUGGUUUUUUCUCUGUGCCUUCUGCAGUCUGCCUUUCUGCCUUCCCUGUUCUUCUCUCUUUGAAUUUUUCAUUCCUAGAACUGAAGGAGCCAUCUUGUGACCAUGAGAAUGAGAACCAUGGCCUUAGGACAGUAUAGAAGAAAAAGAUCCUGGUUCCCCAAAGACAUCUUUAAAUAGCUGUACCAGCACUCCACUGCUUAUAUCUGGACAUCUUUUUAUGUGAGGAAAAUAAGCUUAUUGACUUUUUUAAAAGCAGUACAUGAAUACAGUCAAUACAGUAACUUUGUUUAAGAAAAAGGAGAAGACCACAGAGGUAUGAAGAGUUAAAUAUUUUAUGUUGGAUGUACAAAUUUGGAUAGGAACAUAGAAAAGGGAGGAAUGUUGACAACUUUUUUGCUUAGCCUAUAGAUGGUGAUGGAACUGAGAUCACGGAAAACAGGUGAUCAGAGAAGCAAGAAGGAAAUCCCAACCUUUCAGUAUUAGAAACCCAUAGAGUUUUCAGAUAGAGGGGAAGUUGCCAAUUUUAAAUGCUGAAUGAAGCCCUUGAGAUUUUGCUACUCAGUCUUACAGAUACUGACCAGCUGUAAUUUUCUAAGAAGCAAAAUAUGGAAGGAGGAGCCUGUGGUGCAAGAAGAAGGCAGUAGCUGCAGUUUUAGCCGUGUUAACUUGAUAGAGUUGUGCGACAUCUGGGUGAACAGGCCGGCAUGUGGUUCUGGACCUGAGGAGGUAUCUAGGAUGGAGAUAUGCAUUUCAGCUACAUCAGUAGAUAGGCUUUGUGGAGCUGACUGAGAUUGCAUAGGGAAAAUGGAUGGUGUGAAAAGAGAAUGUCCACUACUGACCACAAAGACCUCCUGUCUUUAGAGGUAGGAGAAAACAAGGAGCCUUCUUGGAUAAGAGGAAAACCGGGAAGACUGGUGUUUUACCGAACCAAGACAAACUGGUGUUUUAAGAAGGAAGGUAAAGUCAGUUGUUUUAAAUGCUAUAUGAGAUCAAAUUAGAUGGAAGUCUUGAAAAGUGAACAUAUCAUAUAGCAAUGUGAAGAUUAUUGUUGACCUCAGUUGGAGAUAAUGAUAUGUUGAGGAUGGGUAGUAAGUUGGGAUGAGUUUAGUAAUCAAUAAAGGACGAGGAAGUAAAGACUGAAUAUAGAUAAGUUUGAAUAGUGGGAGAAAGAUAGGGUAGUAGCUGGAGAGAGAUUUGGUCAAGGAAAAAUAUUUUUAAAAUAGUGAGGAACUAGGACAUGUUUAAAUCCUAAUGUGGUGUAUCCAGUAUGGAGAGAUGAAAUAUGCAGGCAUAAUAAGAGGUAUAAUCAAUACCAUAAAGUUCCUGACUGAGGAGGGGAUGGAGGUACCUGGAGCACGAAAAGGAUUGAUGUUUGCUAUAAGAAGGGAUACUUGUGCAGGGCCAGCCCUGUGGCUUAGUGGUUAAGUGCGUGUGCUCUGCUACUGGUGGCCCGGGUCAGAUCCUGGGCACACACUGACGCACCGCUUGUCCAGCCGUGCUGAGGCAGCGUUCCACAUAGAGCAGCUAGAAGGAUGUGCAGCUGUGACAUACAACUAUCUACUGGGGCUUUGGGGAGAAAAAGGGGGAA